GCUUUCGAUUAGUUGGGAGACGAAGUUGCGGUUCUCCAAGCAUUAUUAUCCAGUGUUAAGUUCAGGCCUGGACAAUGGUGUCUAUUCGAGGAAAUUAGGGACACCAGUGCUGUGGUAACUCUGUACACGCGCGACACGAGGAAACGAUUUGAUGCUUUGGGAAGGGAAGUCUGCUCUCGUAGGAGGGCACCGUGCCAGGAAGCCGAUAUUGCUGCGAACGAGAAGUGUAUGUGUGUGCGGGUGCGACCGGCUCAUUACUCGAACAGCCUUUCCGAUUAACUUUUGUUCGAAGAUCAUGUAAAACUGUAAGAAGAUCCGGGAAAGAUGUUUUUACUGAAAACAAUCAGACAAAUAAUAAAUAUAAUAAGUAAUGUAAUUAUUUUUGCAUUAUUGGGCAAUUAUUAUGUUGUUCGCGAUGAUAAUAUUGAAAGAUCAAUAUUGAGUUUGCGAUAAGCGAUUUUUUAAAAACACUUAUGUCAAUGAUAACAAUGUUAUCAAAACGUGUUCAGCGCACAAAGUUGUAGAAGAAGUUGCGUGUCAGAAAUUCCUUAAUAGACAAUGCAAGUUCUUUAAUUCAUCACUGAAGGAGAACACAACGCUUUUCUGUUAGUCGAUUGCAGUCAGCUGCCGCGACUAGUCGAUUUUAAAAGACGCACUGUAAACAACAUGCAUGUGUAUCUUCUUCUUCUUGACCUUCUUUUGACCAAAUAUAUACGUAAUAUUCACGCGGUCAUGUAAUAGAUGACUCUGCAUUAUGAAGAAGGAGGGUCAUUUGUCAUGAACUACUUAGAAACAGGCAACGAGAGUGAUAACUAACAGUUCAGUUUGACACAAGAUAAGGAGAUUCGUAAAGGAAUGUGGCACUUAAUCUUCUUGCUGCUCGGCACAGUGAUGGCCGGUGAGUCCGGUUCGGAACCGUUGUCCGAGUAUCCCGAAACGUCAACCGAAACAUCAUUGCCAUAUAAGGAGGCAUUUCCGACACCGCUUCCUGGUCUGCUGUAUCCCAGAGAAAGUGAAUCUCGAGAGGUUCGAUCGCUCGAUGGAUUAUGGGACUUUGUCGUGUCGCCUGAAGGAGAUGCAUUAAGGGGUUACAGAGAAUCGUGGUUUAACGACGACUUAUCAACGGUCGAGGAGAUGAUAAAGAUGCCGGUACCCUCGUCUUACAAUGACAUCACAACAUCGCGGCAACUCCGGGAUCACGUCGGCCCUGUCUGGUACCAGAGAACUUUCUUCGUACCUUCUUCCUGGCGGGAUCAACGUGUUUUCGUCAGAUUCGGUUCGGUCAACUAUCUCGCCCAAGUGUGGGUAAACAGCGCCUUGGUGACGAAUCACGAAAUGGGUCACUUGCCUUUCGAAGCGGAGAUCUCGUCGUACGUAAGCUUCGGUGGCAAGAACCGCAUCACAGUUGCCGUGGAUAACACCCUGCUGCAGACCAGCGUACCUCAGGGUAAAAUCGUGGAGAUGGUCUCCGACAACGGCACUGUGCAUGUGCAAACUUAUACUUUCGACUUUUUCAACUACGCCGGAAUACACAGAUCUGUUUUGCUGUAUACCACGCCACACGUUUACGUUGAGGAUAUCACGGUGAGAACCAGCUUGAUCGGCGACAUCGGAAUAGUCAAGUACAUCAUACAACCGGCCGGAUUGCGUGAGGGAGAAAUAGUAAUCUGCAGAGUUACUUUGCACGAUAAUGACGAUGCCUUGGCGAUCAAGGAGCCCGUUUACGGUUUAUCCGGAACUUUGAAAGUUCCGUUUGCUAGACUUUGGUGGCCCAGAGGCAUGAAUCCUAAGCCAGGAUACCUGUAUACUUUAGAGGUGAAACUGUCAGUAGCAAACUCUACUCAAGUGGACAUCUAUCGGUUGCCGAUUGGCAUCAGAACUCUGGCGUGGAACAACACAAGCCUUCUGCUGAAUGACCGACCGGUGUAUAUGCGCGGUUUCGGCAGGCACGAGGAUUCGAUCAUCAGAGGACGUGGUUUUGAUCUCGUUACUGCUGUGAGGGACCACGAGCUGCUUCAGUGGGUCGGUGCUAAUGCUUACAGAACCAGCCACUAUCCUUAUAGCGAUGAAGUCCUCGACAUGGCCGACAGAUUGGGUUUCCUUGUGAUCGACGAAUGUCCUUCUGUCGACACGGAGAACUUUUCGCCAUCUUUGCUCUCACGCCACAAGGACUCGCUCUCGGAGCUCAUCCGCAGGGACAAGAACCGGCCCUCGGUGAUCAUGUGGUCCUUGGCGAACGAACCGAGGACUCAGCUGCCUCAAGCCGAGGAGUACUUCAAGCAGAUCGCUUUACACACCAAGGCAGUCGAUCCUACCAGGCCAGUCACAAUAGCUCUGGCUCGUGGAGUACAGGAGGACAAAGCUGGUGAGUUUCUCGACGUGAUUAGCUUCAAUCGUUACAACGCCUGGUACAGCAAUGCCGGCAGAAUGGACAUGAUCAUCGACCGAGUUGAAGGGGAAGCCGAAGCUUGGCAUAAAAAGUACAACAAGCCGGUACUCAUGUCCGAAUACGGUGCUGAUACUAUGCCCGGUCUGCACGAGCUACCAGAAUAUGUAUGGAGCGAAGAAUAUCAGAAAGAAUUGUUCUCUAGACACUUCGAAGCUUUCGAUCGAUUGCGAAAAAAAGGCUUCUUCAUCGGCGAGUUUAUCUGGAAUUUCGCCGAUUUUCGUACUGCGCAAACGUUUACUAGAGUGGGUGGCAAUAAAAAGGGAAUCUUCACGAGAGACAGACAGCCGAAAAUGGCAGCUCAUCAUGUCAGAAGAAGAUAUCACGCCCUUUCAAUCAUACUUGAUGGUGCACAGAUACCAAAUGACGUUGAAGAUUAUAUUUCCGAUGACUUCUAUGCCUACUAUUCUCAACACUCGGGCUUUGGGCUGAGUUAAAAAA